GUCGAUGUCUUUGAUUCUUGGGGUCCAGGGGUCCAUGAUUGCACCACCUUCACUUGGGGUGCCAGUGCCAUCGAACCUCUCAACCCACGUGGUUUCAAUAUGUCAAGUUGACCAACGUGGUCAACUGAGAGUCUUCAGUUCGGGGGCUGCACAUUGCCACGUAGCUUUGACCCAUGGCGAGAGCGGAUGUGAGAGAUGAAGACAAUGAUGGCACCUUUGGCCGGCCCUGGCCAUCGAGUGACUUGAUCGGUGCAGCUUCGGCGGAGGUUCGGAUUGACUUGAUCGGUGCUGCUUCGUAUCAUCUUCGAGUCUUUAACCUGGCUGGAGAGCUGGUCUUAGAACGAACGAUGCCAGAGGUGCAGUCCAUGUUGGUCGAGGACUUGGUGGAUCAUCUUGGAAGAAUGAUGAAGGUGGCAUCCCACCGGCUGUCCUUGCUUCAAGGGACAAGUCAGCUGGAUCCAAAGGCGAGUUUGCAUACACUUUGGCCUCCACUCAGUGACAUGGAUCUUCAAGUCUUGCUGGGACCUUUGGAUUCUUCGCAUGUGCCCAUUGAUCCAGGUCGGAUUUUGCACGUGGAGCGCUCAGAUCGAGCGGCAGCCCACGCUGCCGCGGAGCUGGGCUUGUCAGUGCAGUUUGAGCCGGGAGAAGUGCGCGAGGCCGUGUACCAGGUCAAGUGCCAUCAUGAGAUCGUUGUUUCUACUCCCUGCCUGUUUGAACACGACACAUGGCGAGUUGAGCGCCACAAAGCUGAUGAAGCUGAUGCGGGAACUCUGACCUUUGCAGUGGAAGAGGAGAACAAGCGCGCUUCCUUAGCCAUGGGCUUUCACGAGCUGAUCAUGUACUACAGCUCUGUAAAAGUUGUGUCGUGGGUGACGAAAGACUUUGAGCACGAAGUGUUGGGUAGGGCCUCCUCAGCUGAGUUGACAUGUCGCGCUGCCAAGCUGAGUGGGCUUUGUAAAUUGACCGUGCUCAUGAUGAGCUACUGGAUAGUCGUAUGUGUCAGUGUGGUUUCUGCACUUUGUUUAACCAUUGUCGCAGGCAGUCAACAAAAUAUGUGGCAGUGCAUUUCUUUGGCUGCAACGCUGUGGCUUCCAGGCUUUGUGUGGACAUACAGGUAUCAUUGCUUCCUUUUGGGAAGAAAAUGUGUUGGUAUUGGUGCUAUCCUGGGGCUUCCCGUUUGCGUGCUCAGCUGGUGUUGCGGUGUGAUUUGGCUCUGGGCGCCAGCUGCAGUGAUGCUUUGGAGUGUACUUUUUCCUUUGGCCCCCUCCUGCAAGCUCAUGUGUUUGCUUCUGCGAGUGAGCGGCUGCCAUUCUUGGGAUCCACCCUAUCCCAUCCAGACUCAGUCCUUCACACUCUACGAGAUCUACGCACGUGAUCUUCAAAUGUGGGGUGACGCUCCACGAGUCCUGUUGGUGAUCGGAAUGCACAUCAGUAGCUUUCCACCUUCAAAUGACACUUGGUCGUUCUUAGACGUGACUGUCAUCUCAAGUUCUUUGCUGUCCCUUGUGUUCUCACUGGUCCCUUUUCGAAGAAGAUUGAGAAGGGAGACCUGGCAGUAUUUUGAUGAGACCAUCAUGGAACUGGUGUCAGACUAAAGAUGAAUUGCAAAAGGUUUCAAUGCCUGUCGUUUCGAAACCAACUGCCCAAAGAGGCAGGGUGUGAAAUCCUUCUGAAGUGAUCAGAAA